AUGCCUUUCUUGAGUUCGCAGCCAAAAAUCCUCAUUGCUGGAGCUGGCAUUGGCGGCCUUACCGCGGCGCUAUCAUUGCACGCGGCUGGAUUUACGGACAUCCACAUUUUCGAAGCAUCGUCAACUCUCACCACACUGGGUGUAGGAAUCAACGUUCAGCCUUCAGCAGUACUCAUACUUCGGAAUCUUGGUCUUUUGGAAGCCCUUGAGAAGACGGGAAUCGAAACCCAAGAAUUGAACUUCUAUAACCGACAUGGCGACUCGAUCCUCAGUGAGAAAAGAGGAAAGCACGCGGGAUAUGCAGUGCCUCAAUUUUCCAUCCAUAGAGGCGAUUUCCAGAUGUUACUCUUGAGUGCCGUAAAGGAGCGACUGGGCGAGGACGCCGUGCACUUGAACCACGCCUUGACCGGAUUCUCGCAAGAUUCAAAAUCCAUCACUGCUCAGUUCUCUCGGAGGGGGGAUGGUGCUCCAGCAGAGCUCUCUGGUAUAUCUGGUGAUGUACUAAUAGCAGCUGAUGGCAUCAACUCGACUGCAAGGAGGGUAUUGUAUCCUAACGAGGGUCCUCCACGAUUCUCAGGUCGCAUGCUUUGGCGUGGAUGUAUCGAGCGUGAACCUUACCUGACUGGCGCAUCAAUGGUGUGGGCAGGACAUGCAGAUCAGAAGUUUAUUGCAUACCCCAUUUCGCAGAGGUCAGCGGACACGGGCAAGAGCCUGGUAAACUGGAUCGCGGAACUGCGCAUACGAGGCAAAGACGAUGAGGAUCUGACACCGCCAAAGACAGACUGGACAAAAGCAGUCGACAAGAGCAUCUUCGAGGGGCCCUUCGAGGAUUGGAAGUGCGGAGGUCUGAAAAUGAAGAAUUUGAUUGAGAAGACAGAGAAGGUCUUUGAGUUCCCCAUGUCAGAUCGUGAUCCAGUAGACCAGUGGUCAUUCGGUCGGCUGACGCUUCUUGGGGAUGCUGCGCACGCGAUGUAUCCGAUUGGUUCGAAUGGCGCAUCUCAAGCGAUUAUUGACGCCGAAACACUGGCCAAGCAUCUAAAGAUGACAACCAACGAUGUGGUUGCAGCUCUAAAAGCAUAUGAGGCAGAACGACUGCCACCUACAGCGCAAAUCGUCAUGGCGAAUCGUGCAAAUGGUCCGGAUCAUGUAUUGCAGAUGGCGGAAGAAAGAGCGCCGGAUGGUUUCACCAACAUUUACGACAUCAUCCCCAAAGACGAAUUAGAAGGAAUUGGCGCUGUCUACAAGAAAGUUGCCGGAUUUGAUAUGGACAAUGUGAACGCCAAGGCGAAGGCAACCGAAGAGGAGAGCAGCAAGUUAAAUUUAAGAAGCCCAAAGGAUUGGAUAUAA